AUGGAGCGGGACGCCAGGCGGGUGGGUACAAGUGGGGCAGUUUUCACAGAGACCACGUGUCUAGAGAGCCGGUCCCCCUUCUGACAUGCACCUGGACGAUCGCGGGAUGGAAUGCUUCUGCCGCCUCGUGUGUUGCAUUCUCAGUAACUAUGUCGGAUCAAGAAUGUCUGAUGAACUCCUUGAAGAAGGAAUUGAGGUCACUGCUGAUAGCAACAAAAGAUGGUCUCACCCCUUCUAAUUUAGAACAAGAAUUCAAGUCUAUGAUAGGGGAACAGCUUCCAUUUCGUGCUCUGGGUUACAGCUCUGUCAUGGAACUGGUGCAGGAUAUGCCUGAUGUUGUUAAUAUAUGCCCUCAGAGAAAUGGCAUUGUUAUUCUCAAAGCUAUUGCAGAUGAAUCCACCAAGGAGAUUGCAAGCUUGGUUGCCAAACAGAAAAGUAGGCCUAAGCCGCAGCCUCCCAGACAUAAACUGAAUUUCUCUCUUCAUUGCACAUCUCCCUCUGGAUUGUCUCGGCGCUCCCAAAUUUCCCCAAGAUUACCUUGGCGGGGCCGAGUUCCUCCUACUUUGCCAGCAGCCGUAAGAAGUGAACUGAAAGACUUGCUGGGACAUUCCCCUAUCCUGCUGUCAGAUUUUGAUAAAGCCUUUGUUCAGCGCUUUGGACGGACAUUUGACUUCAUGCGUUAUGGGUUCUUCUCUAUGUAUGAAGUGUUGAAUGCUGCUUCAGAUAUCAUCACAAUUGUGCAAACAAGGACAGGUUCCAUGUUGACGCUAAAAAAGAGUCUUCCUAAGAAAAAGCCAGUGAAACUGCCAACGUGUAAGACAGCAUAUGCUUAAAUUCAGCUUGGGGGUGUGAGUAUAUGGGGAGGGAGAAUGUGUAUUAGUGCCUUGUACCUUCUUUUGCUUUACCUACUAGUAACAUAGAAAGGUCCAACUGCUAAGAGCCCUGUGUAAUUUUUUUUCAAUUAAAGGCACAAACACUGGGCACUCAGUGCCUGAAAUCCUUUUCCAUAGAGUAGUCAGUUGAUCUGCAGUAGGCCCAUCGAAUCAGUGGGGAUUUGGUAAGUAAACUCCUCCAUAAGUUCCAUUAAUUCAAAACAGCCUAAUCUGUUUUACAUAGUAAAUUACAACAGGAUUAGACCCAUCUGAAUUACUAGAACUUGUGAGAAGUUGACUCACCAUCUGCUUACUCCAUUUGAAAUCAUUUCUUGCAACAGCUGAUUGGACCCAUUGCCAACAAGAGUGGAGUGAUGAGGACGAAGCAAAGUAGACACAUUUGUUUUGAAUCAGUUCUUAGUAAUGUUCCUUAUGUUACAAAGCUUGCACUCCAUUGCAGCUCACUGUUGUGGGCAAAAAGGUACAUAUAUAUUCUGAAUAGAUAAUUAAUACUGAUUUGUGCAUACAGUGGUGCCUUGCUUAGCGAUGUUAAUUGGUUCCAAA